AGAAUAAUUUUACCCUUGGAAAAGGCACCACAAAAUUCCCGCCGAUUCAUAACCCUAAAUUCUCUCUUCAAUUUUCUUUUCGCUGCCAAUUCCUAACGCUCCGUCAAUGGCAGAAGAUGAGGCCAUCGAUCCGAUCCGACCCGAAUUCCCGACAGGAAGGGUAAAAAGGAUCAUGAAACUUGACAAGGACAUCAACAAGAUCAACUCAGAGGCCUUAUUCCUCGUCUCAUGUUCCACCGACCUUUUCCUCCGGUUCCUCGCCGAGCGAUCGGCCGAAGUCGCUACCGAGAAGAAAAAGAAGACGGUGAAGCUCGACCACCUCAGAACCGCCGUUAAAAGGCAUAGACCGACGAGCGAUUUCCUUCUCGACUCGCUUCCUAUGCCAGCCGAGUCAACUCAGUCCGCUGCGCGCACGGUGACCGAACGAGAGCCUUCCCGGCCCGUUGCUGAUAAAACCGCCGCGGCAGGAACUCGCCGCAUUGACCAUUUCUUUCGUAAGCCAGGAAAUGAAGCUCCGAUUCAGAUAAACGAUGCAUAGUUCUUUUUUAUUAACAAAAUUUGUAUUAAAUGUUGGUUUGGUUUUGACAAAUUUCCUUCUAGUCGAAUCUGUAAUAGUUAUUAAAUUAGGAGCAAGGAACACUCUAGCUAUUUGAUUAUCAAGCACCAAAAAAGCAAGAAAAUUGAAAUAUUUUCCAUUUUAUUUUUCAUUGCAAUGAAAAUUCGUUUAACCUAA